UAAGGUAUCUCUUCGGUUCUUGUUAUGGGUAUAAUGGAGUUGUUUGCUGGGUGCCGUGGCGCGUCCCGGUCCGUUCCAUCGGCGAUGCAGUUUUUCCUCCUUUUUUCCUGCUUUUUAGUUGCAGGUAUUUUUGCUUCGCAGAUCUCUGCGGAGCACGGCGAAACAGAGACGUAUAGCGAGCUACGCAGCAAGGGAAAGGAUCCUACUGAGCAAGUACAGGGCGAGGAGUACGACCCCAUUGAGCAGGUACAGGGCGAGGAGCACGACCCCAUUGAGCAGGUACAGGGCGAGGAGCACGACCCCAUUGAGCAGGUACAGGGCGAGGAGUACAACCCCAUUGAGCAGGUACAGGGCGAGGAGCACGACCCCAUUGAGCAGGUGCAAGGGGAGGAGUACGACCCUAUUGAGCAGGUGCAAGGCGAGGAGAAUGACCCUAUUGAGCAAGGCGAGGAGUACGACCCUAUUGAGCAGGUACAGGGCGAGGAGUAUGACCCUAUUGAGCAGGUACAGGGCGAGGAGUAUGACCCUAUUGAGCAGGUACAGGGUGAGGAGUAUGACCCUAUUGAGCAGGUACAGGGCGAGGAGUAUGACCCUAUUGAGCAGGUACAGGGCGAGGAGUAUGACCCUAUUGAGCAGGUACAGGGCGAGGAGUAUGACCCUAUUGAGCAGGUACAGGGCGGGGAGCACGACCCCAUUGCGCAGGGCGAGGAGCACGACCCCAUUGCGCAGGGCGAGGAGCACGACCCCAUUGCGCAGGGCGAGGAGCACGACCCCAUUGCGCAGGUGCAGGGCGAGGAGCACGAAACCAUUGCGCAGGGCGAGGAGCACGACCCCAUUGCGCAGGGCGAGGAGCACGACCCCAUUGUGCAGGUGCAGGGCGAGGAGCACGACCCCAUUGAGCAGGUGCAGGGCGAGGAGCACGAUACCAUUCAGCAGGUUGAGACGGAGAUACACAGUGAGGAAAAUGUUCCGGUUCAACCUCCAAUACAACCAAGGCCUUACCCUGUGAAGUUUAUUCCGCCUUACGGCAUCCCAGUGCCUGUCACUCCCUUUCCUUUCAAGCUGCUUAGCCCUCGGGUGAUCCCUGUCAACGCGCCCGUGCCGCCUGAGCUCCAAAAGGUCAUGAAUCCCAAGCCAGUUCCUAUGCCCCGGCCGCUACCCAUUAGUCUUGCUGCAGCGGUCCGCGUGUUGUGCAGCGAAAACAAAAUGUACGUGAGGGUAAGGACUGACCUGUACGGAUUCAAGUGUAAAGCAGGCCAGUUGACUCUGGGGACCAGCUGCAGAAGCAAUGGAGUCUCUGGUGGGUAUCUUCUCUUUACAUACGGCCUCAAAGAAUGUGGAAGCCAGGCGUCUGUGAGUAUCCCAUGCUGUAGAGAGUUCUGACUUUACAUAUUUCUA